CAAGCACAACCAAAGAACAAAAGUCCUAAUCAUUUCCAGCGAUUUGCAGCAUAUUCAACAGAAUUCUUUAAAUACACACACUUUGGAUAUUAGGCUAUUUGCAAACAGCCUCACCACUAAAGACGUUUAUCUUUUAGAAAGUUUCCCAAUUCCAAAGACAAACAUUAAAACUCUUUCCAUAUGCUUAUUUGACAAUUUUGAAUCAAAUCCUUCAAUUCUCCCUUUGAACAAUCUAAUUGAAUUGUUCACCUAAUUGAACUCAGACCCAUUAUCACUGUUCAGAUUCUAUAUGGAAUUUUCACUUCUUAGAACUCUCAAUUCUUAUUUACAUAAUUUAACUAAAUGCUCCAACUUGAAAAAAUUACAUUCAAACUCGAGCUGGAACCCGUCAAAUUCAAAUUUUGUGCUACUUUCUCCCCAUUUGAAUCUAACUCAUUUAAACAUCACAAAAUCAAAUUUAUCUAAAAUUUAUAAACUACCCAACUUGAGAAAUCUAAAAGUCUUGAAUUUCUCAAAAAACAACAUCACCAUUAUUCAAAAUUUAUCGACUCUAUACCAUUUGCAAAAAUUAAUCAUUUCAGGAAAAUUCCCAGGGAAUAACAAAAUUAGGGAAAUUAAAAACCUAUCAUACCUAAUCCAUCUAAAUCAUCUAGAUUUAUCCUUUAAUGAAAUAUCUACCAUUAAAAAUUUAAAUCACUUGACUUUUUUAAAGUAUCUUGACCUAUCUUUCAAUAGAAUCUCUUUCAUUCGAAAUUUAUAACAACUAGUCAACCUAUCCACUUUAAUUCUAUCUCAUAAUAUCAUUGACGCCAUCACUAACUUAUCAAAGCCAGUUAACCUAAAAAAACUAUUCUUAGUGAAAAACAACAUUUCAAAAAUUGAAAAUUUAUCUGAUCUAAAUCAUUUAUCACUUUUAAAUCUAUCCUCAAAUCUGAUAACUGUUGUCUAUUUCUCAAAAUUAAACUUACCAAAACUUACUAAAUUAAACCUAUCUCAUAAUAGAAUCUCGUAUUUAACUAAUUUGAUUGAUUUGAAUAACUCACAAAACAUGAAUAAUUUGAAUAAUUUAUUGGAGUUAAACCUAUCCUUUAAUAGAAUUAAAAAA